AUGAAGCUUGAUAUCGAGAGGUUCAAUGACUAUACAAAUUUUAGUUUAUGGCAAGUUCGGAUUACGACAAUUCUAGUUCGGAAAGGCCUGAAAAAGGUCAUUAUUGAGAAAAAGCUCGAAAAUCUAGAUCAAUCAAAAUGGGAUGAGCUUGAUGAGAAGGCUCUGUUUGCAAUUCAAUUCUGCAUCACUAAUGCGUCUGUAUACAUUUCGUAUGGGAGAAGAUACUCUAUUAGGGCUCAUAUCAGUGAGUUUGUUUCUCUGAAUGGUUUAAAGAACAUCAAGGUUCAGAUUGAUGAUGAAGAUCAAGUCAUGCUAUUAUUGUACUCUUUACCCCAUUCUUAUAAGUCUUUCAGGGAAACCCUAAUUUAUGGGAGAGACAAGCUUUCAUUCGAGGAAGUGAAUGGAAACUUGUUAAACAAAGGAAAACUCGACAAUGAGUUUGGUUCAGAUAGCAGUUCAGGUUGA